UCAGGUUCUGAAUGGAAUUACUGUUGCAGUUUGCCAGUGGAACAGGCGUCUGAGUCACUGCUGAAAAGCAAGGCCUGUUUUGGAGCUGAAAACCUCAUGAGGGUUCUGGGAAACUGUUGCCGCCUCAGUGAAGUGUGCAGCCAUAUCCGUGUGGGGGUCGUGGGCCUUCCCAAUGUUGGGAAGAGCAGCCUGAUCAAUAGCCUGAAGCGCAGCCAUGCAUGCAGUGUGGAAGCCGUUCCUGGGAUCACCAAAUUCAUGCAGGAGGUCUACCUGGACAAGUUCAUCAGGCUGCUGGAUGCUCCAAGUAUUGUCCCAGGACCCAACUCAGAGGUAGGCACCAUCCUGCACAACUGCAUCCAUGUACAGCAGCUGGCAGACCCAGUGACCCCAGUGGAGACCAUCCUGCAGCGCUGUAACCUAGAGGAGAUUUCCAACUAUUACGGCAUCUCUGAGUUCCAGACCACUGAGCACUUUCUGACUGCAGUGGCCCACCGGUUGGGGAAGAAGAAGAAGGGAGGCAUUUACAGUCAGGAGCAGGCAGCCAAAGCUGUCUUGGCUGACUGGGUGAAUGGGAAGAUCAGCUUCUAUAGACCGCCACCACCCACCCAUACUCUGCCUGCCCAUCUCAGUGCUGAGAUUGUUAAGGAGAUGACUGAGGUAUUCGACAUUGAGGAUACCAAGCAGGCUAAUGAAGACACCAUGGAAUGUUUGGCCGCUGGAGAAUCUGAUGAGCUGUUGGGUGACUCGCAUCCACUCGAAAUGGAGAUCAAGUGGCUCCAUUCUUCAAUGAUGAAAAUAGCAGACACCAUGGAAAAUAAAACCACCAUGUAUAAGGUACCUGUCCCCUUUCUUCAUGGCAACCCUUUCUUCUACCCAGGGCUCUGGGAAGUGGUAAAUCCCUUCCUCCUGGUUCCCACAAAGUCUAGUGGUUACGGUGGUGAGAUGUGGGUUGUUCACUCACUUCAUGUGGGCCCCUUGGAUUCCUGGCCUGAUACAUCCUUUACCAAGAAGGAAGAAUGCUCUCUUGAACAGCUUUCUCAGCCCUGGUUCUAG